AUGACCCGUAAAGGAAAAGAAAAAGACCCUUCGAAACCCGACCGCGCAACAUGGACCCCCGAGAUGGAGCGGCUCCUGAUCAAAGCACUCCUCGUGGAGAUCCACCAAGGCCGAAAAGCUGAGAAUGGGCAUGGCAUGACAAAGGAGGGAUGGCAGAACGCGCAUUCUGCUUUCAAUAAGCAUUCGAAGCAGCCGUUGGAGCUCAUGCAGAUUAAGAAUAAGGCGAAUGCUCUCAAGAAGGAAUACGCCGUCUUCAGCGCCAUGAAAGAAUCUGGUGAGUUCGCUUGGGACGAAGCCACUGGCACCCCCUCAGCCAACAACGAAGUCUGGGACCGCUAUGUCGAGACCAACCCCAUAGCCAAAAAGUACCGCGGCCGCGCCCUGUCCAACUACGCUCUCCUCAGCAAACUUGUAUCUACUGCGCCCCUCUCACCAACUACUCUCGACCUUGCCCUCACUCCCGAGUCGCUUCCCACCAAGCGCUCCCGCGACGAUUCUGACGAUUCUAGCAACGACGGCACCGACAAGUUCGACGAUGCCGAAGAGCACGGCACCUCCGGUUCCGAGAACGACGAUGAAGCCGUCGCCCCUAAUCGACCCCCCGUUAUACUUGCAACACCAGCGCCGAUUGUCGGGGGAGGUGGCGUCGGUGUAGGUGCUGGGGUGGGUGCAGGUUCCGGCGUAGGUGCUGGAAACCACCAGACAAUGAAGCGGAUGAAGCGCAGCUUCGCCGGUGAGGUCCACAACCACCAGAGCAUCGCGAGUGCCCUUACGACAUUCACGCAGACACUGGGCUUGUCGCCUACAACAGCCCAGCGACAGACGCCGCCGACACCUGUCGUGCCCAGUCCGGUAUUAUUCAACGGCGUAGAUAACAUCCAGUGCGCGAUCACUACGCUACAGAAUGACUACGACAAGAAGAUGUCAGUCGAGGAUCUGGUUGCCUGUCUCUCCAUUUUUGAGUCCGAACUAAAGGCCAAGAUGUUCGUCGCCAUGAAGAAGGGCAUGGUCAGGGACGCCUGGCUAGAGAAGGAGAUACGGGUGUACCGAAGGGGCUGCGGCGAGCUUUGA